AUGAGAGAAAGGUGUACGGUCGUAAAGCUAAAUUUACAAUUUCAUGAAGAGUCGGCGAUAUUCGCAGUAGAUGUUAUGAAAGCAAAGGGAAAGACAAUUAUUGCAACUGCAGGUGGUGAUAAAGCAAUUAGGCUAUGGGAGUAUACGUACACUGGAGAAGAGCCGAAAGAGUGCUUUGAGUAUAAAACAGCUCUUAGUGAAGGAUGCAGUAUAAUUCACAUUUAUACAUUAAAUAAGCACAGGGGCAGUGUUAAUUCUCUGCAAUUUAGUAAAGAUGGGAAAUAUUUACUAUCUGGUGGAGACACUGGCGCAGUUUAUGCAUGGGACAUGCAAAGGAUUCUAGAAAGUACACCAGCGGAGGAAGACAAAAAGUAUACAGGGCAGCCCAUUCAAGUUAGAGGUGCGGAUAGUACAGACAUAUAUGAAGUAAAAUGGUUCCAGGAAAAGAUUCUAGUGGGUGUAUCUUCUGGUCGAAUAGAGCAGUAUAAGCUAUUUACCAAUCCGAGAAAUGAGAGCACUUCCAAAUCCACUGCAGAGUCUGAAAAUACCGAGAAUCACUCAGUAAACACAGGUAUACUUGAAAUAACUGGAAGUAGUGAGGUCUUAAAAUGUGAUACCCCAUAUGUAUCUGAAAUAAGUCAAAGCACAUCAGAAGAACUCGAGAUAAUCCUGAGCAGUAAUAACUUGGCAGUGCAAAGCAGCCCAAAGAAGGCAUCUCAACCCAAGGGAAAUAGCACAGUAGAUAAACCACAUAAAUCAGUUAAAUUUAGGGUGAUAGAGGAGUAUGUGCAGGAUGUAUUUGCUAAGUGUAUUUCAUCCAAGCAGGCACACAAGGAUAUAGUACAGGGAAUUGCGUGCACAGAUGAAAUAUUUGCAAGUGUAGGAAAUGACCGAGUUCUUAAAGUAUUCAAUGACUCAGGGAAGGCAAUUCAAAAAUUAUGUAAGAAAUCAUUAAUAACUGACAAACACACCUUUUUCUUUAGAAGACUUUCCUUCUCUGAGGAUGGUCUUUUAUAUCUACCUUCUGCCGCGUAUGAGGGAAUAAAUGCUGUUCACAUUUUAUCACCCCCAGAGUAUAAAGUCAUAAAAACAAUCACACCAUUUCCUUCACCAACUAUAUGCACUGUGUGCACUUCUGAGUACUUAAUAGUAUCUGAGGGAAGGAAUGUGUAUAUUUUUACAACAAAGGAGUAUUCUCUUGUGUUCAGGAUUGUUGAUUGCUCGUUCCUUCCCAUUACAGAUAUAAAGCCAAUUCAGGACGACCAGGACAUUUUGUCACUAAUUAUAUCCUCAUGUGAUGGGUUUUUAACGAAUGUGCUUCUGUAUAAAAGACUAGAAGCAUAA